CCGCAGUCGAGAGAGCGCGACUGCCUUCUACGAUCGAGUGUUGUUCUAUUAUACUCAUACUUUAUUUGCAUAAGUAUUGCGAGAUGUCAACUAAUAUAAUAUGUGAUAAAUAUCAGAACGAUACGAAACUAAACGGUCUCACUAUUAGUGCAUUCGCUGAUAAGAGUUUAGCUCCAAUUAACGCAAGGUACCGAUCUAAGAGUUUGUCGAGUGAUAAGUUAAAUAAUAGUAAUGAGGACCGUGCCGCUAUCUUAGAGGAUGUUGAAGCUCAUCAUAUAACCGCGAAAAUGGAGACGCCCAGUUGUUUAGUGCAAAAUAGGAUAAUGGAUCAAGGUGCACAGCUGACAGUGAACGGUUUCAAAGAUGGUAAAGCGUCAUAUGGUACAGAAAGUCCGGCCAGGGGUCGCCGGGUCAUAUUCUGCGUUCACGGCAACCCAUCUACAGGCUGCUGUGCAGUAAUAGAGACAACUACAGAUGGAGAUGAUCCUGAGAGGAGGAAUGCCAGCAUUACUGAGAUUGAAAGGCAUUGUCACAGAUCAAGAAAUGAAGAGAUAGACAAGAAAGCCAGAAGAAAACUCAUUAUAGCUAGUAUAUUGUGUGUAAUAUUUAUGAUUGGUGAAAUAGUAGGUGGUUACUUAUCAAAUAGUUUGGCGAUCGCGACAGACGCGGCGCACUUGCUCACAGAUUUUGCUAGUUUUAUGAUAUCUUUAUUUUCGUUAUGGGUGGCCAGCAGGCCAGCAACGAGAAGAAUGCCCUUCGGCUGGUACAGAGCUGAGGUGAUAGGCGCCUUGACGUCUGUCUUGCUCAUAUGGGUAGUCACCGGCAUCCUGGUGUACAUGGCUGUACAGCGUGUUAUAUACAAGUCCUUUGAGAUCGAUGCCACUGUCAUGCUGAUCACGUCCGCUGUCGGAGUAGCCGUGAACCUUGUCAUGGGGCUGACGUUACAUCAACACGGACAUAGUCAUGGAGGCGGACAUGGCCACUCGCAUUCCAGCUCCAAUCCAGUCCUCAAUAACAAGAAGGACCGUUCAAGCGAGUCAGACCUGGAAAGUUCGGCGUCGCAUCAGCACGAGCACGAACAUCACGCGCAGAACAUCAACGUGCGCGCAGCCUUCAUACACGUGCUCGGCGACUUCCUGCAAAGCUUCGGUGUGCUCGUAGCAGCCAUCGUCAUAUACUACAAGCCGGAUUGGAACUUAGUGGACCCCAUCUGUACGUUCCUGUUCUCAAUCCUGGUGCUGAUCACCACCUUCAACAUCAUUAAAGACACACUUCUUGUGCUGAUGGAGGGGUCACCGAGGGGCGUCGACUUCCAGGAGGUAGCGAACACGUUCCUGUCUCUGCCGGGCGUGGUGCGCGUACACAACCUGCGCAUGUGGGCGCUCUCACUUGACAAGACUGCGCUCGCGGCUCAUCUCGCCAUACGUACCGGUGUCAGUCCGCAGAAGGUUCUAGAACAAGCCACCAGGCUGGUCCACGACAAGUAUAACUUCUUCGAAAUGACACUGCAGAUAGAGGAAUUCAACGACGGCAUGGAAGAGUGUAGCCAAUGCAAAAUGCCGCAAUCGUGAUCGUAUUUAUAUGAACAGAAGGCUGAUUAUGAUGGAUACUAUAAUAAAUAAAGUAAGAUAUGCAAUAUCUUCUAGGCUACAGAUUUAUCUAGCUGUAUCUCGGGGUUUUGCCCGAAAUAAUAGUCCUACAUUCGGUGAUAUUACCGAUAAAUAUCUAGAGGUAAUAUUUUUAAAAUCGGUCAAGUAUUUUUGGUGUUUAUUCCCAAAAAACUACAUACAAAUGAUCAAAUUUUUAUUUCACGGUAAAUAUCCCGCUUAUGUACUUUUGCCCGUAUAUAAUACUAUUCGGGGUUUUGCCCGAAAUAAAAUUAAUACACACGGUGAUAUUAUCGAUAAAUAUUUUUAAUAUCAGUCAAUAUUUCGUGUUUAUUCCUAAAAACCCACUUACAAAUAAUGAUAU